AGAGAGAGAGAGAGAGAGAGAGAGAGAGAGAGAGAGAGAGAGAGAGAGAGAGAGAUGGCGAUCGCCAUUGCGAAUGUGGACAAGGCGACGGUGGAGGAUGUGCGGCGGAUGAUAAACACCCUAGUGAAGGGGCACAACAACAACUUGAGUGUAAAGGCGGAAGCUAAUCAAUGGUUGACUAGUUUCAAAGAAUCCCGUAGAGUGUGGGAUGUGGGAGUGCACGUGCUGGAGUCCGCGACGGAGGAAGGAGAAGGCUAUCAGAUAGCCAACAUCUUGCUUGCCAAAGUGAGAGCAGAAUGGCAUCAGCUCCCUGUUAAUCUUCAGGUUGAGCUGUCUGCUCGUCUGUGCCAUUGUUUGAUGGGCUACGCCUCCGAGGAACUUUCUUCCAAGGUCGUCGUGCAGCGCGUGUGCUUAGCUCUGGCGGCUAUGGCGGCACGCACUCCGCACGAGAGCGUCGGCCCAUCAGGACACCCUCUAUCGACCCCGUUGUAUCUCGAAAACACGUUCGGCUUGGCGCAAUCUGCAACGAUGAGCGAGAGGCAUAACGAGCAAGCCCUGGCGGUGGCGUUGUCGUUGUUGUCAGCGGCGGCCGAAGAGUCAGACCAGUUGGAUGGAUCGUGCAAAGCACCGGUGCUUGCAGCGAUGAGAGAGAGGAUCGUAGAUGUUCUUCGUAUGUUGGAAGUGAUACUUAGCAGCAGUAAUCAGAAUCAGACGAUAGAAGAGGCCUGUGGAGAAGGGGGGGGAGACAGGCAGGCAGCGCAAGAUUUCUUGUCAGCGGACGGAGGGGGUGGGGAAGUAGGAGGUGGUGGGGUAGGAUUAGCAGGAGGAGGAUGUAAGAAGGGAGAUCGACUCAUUGUACCAUCUCUUCAUUUAUUGCAUUCUUGGUUGAAGUUGGAUUACACCGGCGAGGGAAGACCGAUCAUAAGCUGCGGCGAAUUCUGUAAAUCCUAUCCCGCCCUUUGGCGGUUUUUGUUGCAGAGCUUGGGUUCUGAGAAUAGGCAGGCGUUCGAAGUAGUGGUGGAGAUUCUUGUGGACCUUUUGACCGAAGACGUAGGGGAUAAGUACUUAUUUACGCGAGAGACGGAUCAUUGGGCGCCGACGAUGGCCAUUCAGGGAGUGCUGGCGCAAAGAGGGCGGCUGAUCGAUUGCGUCGAAGAUGAUGAUGGCUUUCGUUAUGGAUUUAACGAUCUAGCCACUGGAUUCGCCAAGGUCGUAGCCGCGGCCAUCGAUCGAUGCGUUGGUCCGGUCAUUAGCUCGGAUGAGAUGAUUGCUCUGCAGGAAAUGAUGCUUGAUUGCGGCCAGUUUGGCGAUCUGGCAGUUGCAGAAAUAGUCAGUGAAUUAUUUCUCAGCUUUUACAACAACGAACUCAUGUCAAGGAUCGAGCAAAGCAUACAAGUCCAACUGUACGAGAGACUCAUGGACGUUAUCUUGGAGAAGGCUAAGUAUCCGGAGGAUUUGGUCAGCUGGUCGGAGGCGAUAGACCUUGGGGACUUCAAGAGGUUUCGUGACGAGUUUGCUGCAGAUUGCCUGUCUGGGGCAUGCUUCUGCAUUCUGGAGUCGCGGUACCUUGACAUGGUAGCGGAUGCCUUGAAGAUGUCGACAAGCUGGCAGGAUGCAGAGAUCUGCUUCUUUGCGAUCGAAUGUGUUGUAGAGCCAGUGAAGAAGGGUGGCCGUCUGGAAAACCCGUUCUUCAAGCAGUUGUUCUCUCAGAUUGUGGAGGACGAGGAGACGGACUUGUUCCUCUCCCAUCCUAUCCUUGUGGCUGGUGUGGCUCGCCUUAUCGGAACGUACGCUAUGUGGUUCGUUAACCACCCGUCUUGCCUCGAGGGAGCCCUUAUGUACCUUCUCCGCGCGUUGCAGGUCCCUCAAGCGUGGAGGGCGACAGCGAAGGCCUUCAAUAACAUCUGUAGAUAUUGUGAGAGUAUGUUGCAGACCCCUGAGGUGUCAGAGAGGCUGAUUCAUUGUCUGCAGUUGGUGCUCCCACCUCUGCCGACAAACGACGAGGAAGCUGCUAAGAACGACAUGCAUCUCGAGAUGGAAGAUAGAGCUCAGAUCUUUGGGGGCCUUGCUGGCAUUGUCGCCUCCCUCUCCCAGGCCGACGCCCCCAAAGUUGCUUUGCGUCUCGUUGGCCCCAUGAUCGAGAACGCCCAAAGGCUAGCAGGAGCCGUCUCUGACUGUGACAAUCCCAAUCCUCCGGGCUUAUCCGAACACCAUGCAAUAGCGCUGGCCACGGAGAUUCGAAUGCUGGCAGUGAUUGUGCGCAUCCUGGGCGGCAUGUCGGAGGACACAGAGAACGAGGCUGCCGCUGCUGCUGCUGCUGCUGCUGUCGCGUUGACAACUGCGACCGCCGAUUCCGACGGUGCCUCUUCGGGUAGCGAUCCGGACACCAGCGAGCCAAUGGACGGAGAGAGCAGGUGCUCGGCCUCUGCUUCUGCCUCGACCUCAAGCUCGUCGUCUGACUCGUCGGCAGAUGCCCGAGAGAACAUCCAUGCCUGUGUCUCGGUAAUGGAGCUGGCAUGGCCGAUGCUAGAGGUGGUCUCGAAAGCGCCUGUGUGGAGGGCCAACCCUCUCGUGGCUGAGGCCUUGGCAGAUGUGUACACGCAGUCCAUGCAGAUGGGGAAGAAGGCGGCCAUACCCAUGCUUCCGACGGUCAUCCCCCUCUUAGUGGGUAUCUUCGACGACUACUUCCACCCACCAUGCUUACGGAGCAUUCAAUCGGCAAUCAAGCUGUGUACUCUAUGUAAUGAUCGAGACGCAGAGCUAUUCAAACGCGCGUUGCAUGUUGUUAGCUGUUCUCUGUUCGGCUUUCUGCAGGUAGGUUUUAGCAGUAUGUGAAACGACGCGCGAAUCCACUAUGGGCCUUGUUUCAAAACAUAAAAGAAAUUAUGGCGGUGUAUCUUCCCAUGUUCUGGCCGAAGAUUCAUUCUCGUCUUGCACAUUUGGUGGAUGGAGUGAGGCCCUUUGAACUGCUGUGUUUCAGUCGCCAAGGCAAAGAAAAAGGAGGGGCGGGGGAGAAAGGGAUAAUGAACUACCCCAGGAUGU